AUGGCGGCGAAAGAGGAGGAGCUCGACGAGGAGCAGCUCCUCGCCCGGGAGGAAGCCAUGAAAGCUGAGGAGGCCUUGAUGGCGGACCUGCGACGCAAGGCCGCGGAGAUGGACGCGACGCGGAUGCGCGAGCAGCAGCUCUCAAAGGUGAGCCGCCGCAGGGUCCAGCACCACUGGCUCAAGAUCAUGCGCCAGGUCAAAGCGGAAGAGCUGCUCAGAGACGUCGAGGUGCUGUCGCAGGCGCACGAACACCUCUGCGACCGGAAGGAUGCGGAGAUCGAGCAGCUGGCGCGCGAGCUCGACAUCGCCGAGGAGCAGCACCGCGCCUCCCUCCGCUCGCACACCGCGCAGUUGGACGCCCUCGCCAACCUCCAGCACCGCCUGGUCCGCCACCUGGACGACGAGUUCCGCCGCAACCUCCGAUCGUUGACGAGAGAAUUCCAAAACGAGCGCGACGGCGUCGACGCCACGCACCGAAAGAGGCGCGACGAGAUGCUCGAGCUCAUCGACGCCAUGGAACGCCAACACGCGGAAUCGAACGCACGCGCGCAGAACGACUUCGAGACGGCCCGCGAGGAGAUCAAAAACAGGAACGGCGAAGAGUACAACGCGCUCCGGCUCACGCUGGAGCAAUCCAUCGACGCGCUGGAGAAGGCGCUGAACGACGCGCACGUCGAGUACGUCGACGAGACGGGUUCGAGGUCCGAAUCGUUCAAAGAGCUCACCGCUAAGGACGCCGACGCCGCCGCGACGAUGGCGAAGCGUUCGCGACGCAUCGAUCGCAUGCAAACGCAGCUGGCGCACUUGAGAAGGCGGCACGCGGCGACUGAGGCUGAGUGGGCGGAACGCAACGAGACGCUGCGAAAGGAAAAGGAGUCGAUGCAAAAGCACUACCGCGAGCUGACGAAGAAGAUGAAGGACUCGAGGGCGACGGAACGUUCGAGGUUACAAGCUUUAGUGGAGGCGUCCGCGGAGGCUUCCAAGGCGGUGGACGCGAAGAUCGCGAGGGCGGAGAAGAUCUUGAAACUCGCCGAGAUGGCUCGGAAACUGGAGACGGAGGAGGAGAAGAUCGACCCGUUCAACGACGCGAACGAAGGCGUCGCCGGGACGUUCGAGCACGGCCGCGGUUCGCUGUCAUCGUGGGGUUCGCUGCCCGCAUUUCCGAACGAACCCGUGGAUGAGUACGAGUACAUGAACAGGUUCUUCGACAGGUACAACAAGGUAUUCCUGGACACCCGCGCGGUGGACGGCGAACGCGAGAGGCUCGCCGAGGAGAACGCCGACCUGCGCGAUGUUCUGAAGCGGUACCUGGACGGCGUCAGCGUCAACGACGAGAUCGUGAGGGAAUCUUUGCCGGGCGGCCAGGGCAACACGUUGAUGGUGGUGAACGAGCGCACCGAGGUGCUGCGGAGGCAGAAGGCUCGGCUGGAGCGCGAGCGCGCGGCGGAGCGGGAGAUGGCGGCGCUGCGUAUGCAGGACACCGCGAGGUUGGAGGUGACCGGGCGAAGCGACGUUCAGGCGGAGGAGGCGCGGGAGGUUGAGGUGAUGGUUCGGUCCUACUGA